CGGAGGGCACACAUUCCCCGCGGUCACUUCCCCGUGUAUUAAAGCAAGAUGGCAGCUGUUGUUGAGAAUGUUGUCAAACUGAUGGGGGAGCAGUACUACAGAGACGCCAUGGAGCAAUGUCACAACUACAACGCCAGGCUGUGCGCUGAGAGGAGCGUCCGGAUGCCGUUCCUCGACUCUCAGACCGGCGUGGCGCAGAGCAACUGCUACAUCUGGAUGGAGAAGAGACACCGAGGACCAGGCGUGGCUCCAGGGCAGCUCUACACCUACCCGUCCAGGAGGUGGAGGAAGAAACGUCGAUCUCAUCCUCCAGAGGAUCCCCGGCUUAUCUUACCAUCCGUCAAGUCAGAGGUGGAUGUAGGACUGAAGAAGGAUGCUCUGCUGUCAGCGGACGGCAGCAGCCUGGAGGCGCUGCUGAAGGGCGAGUCCGUGGAGAAACGAGCGACCUCCGAGCUGCGAGGGUCCGAGGAGGACUCGAACCAGUCUGACUACACCGGAGGCCUGAACCCCUCGGCGCGCAUCAGAAAGAAAGUCCUGGAGCCAGAUGACUUCCUGGAUGACCUGGAGGAUGAAGACUAUGAGGAAGACACGCCUAAAAGAAGAGGCAAAGGGAAGGGGAAGGGUCGAGGAGUGGGGGUGGGCAGGAAGAAGCUGGACACGGCGGCGCUGGAGGACCGGGACAAACCGUUCGCCUGUGACAACACUAUCAAACAAAAGCAUAUUUCAAAACCUUCUGAAAGAGUCUGUGGGAAGCGCUACAAGAACCGUCCCGGCCUGAGCUACCACUACGCCCACUCCCACCUGGCCGAGGAGGAGGGUGAGGAGGAGAUGGAGAUCAGCGAGCCCAAUCUGCCGCUGCCCAACGAUCCCAAGACUGCCAAGAAGGGCCCAGAUGGUAUUGCAUUGCCUAAUAAAUACUGUGAUUUCUGUCUGGGAGACUCCAAAACCAACCACAAGACCGGCCAAUCAGAGGAGCUGGUUUCCUGCUCCGACUGCGGACGCUCAGGCCACCCGUCCUGCCUGCAGUUCACCCCCGUCAUGAUGGCCGCUGUGAAGACGUACCGCUGGCAGUGCAUCGAGUGCAAGUGCUGCAACGUGUGCGGCACCUCGGAGAACGACGAUCAGCUUCUGUUCUGUGAUGACUGUGACAGAGGUUACCACAUGUACUGCAUCAACCCCCCCAUGGCUGAGCCUCCAGAGGGGAGCUGGAGCUGUCACCUGUGUCUGGACCUUCUGAAAGACAAGGCGUCCAUAUACCAGAACGCGUGAUGCCCCCCCCCCUCGGAGCUCGGAGGGAGAGCUCAGAACAGACAAUACGUUGUGAAAGGGGAAGUAUCCCAAACAAACGGCCCUCCCUUAGCUUCAGAUAUGACUGUUACACAGUUCCAAGCUCAGACGAACCCCCCACGGUUUUUAUUUUCACCUCUUUGCCACAUAGCCAAUUUGAGCAGCACUGAAUCUCAACAGAAAACACAUCAAUCUGUUUUUGUACACAUUCACCCACACACAGUUGCUAAAACAGCAAAUAUAGAGCUUGUUGGAAUCAAGUAGCAUGCCAGUGCUUGGUCAUCGUAACGCAGAAGAUUUUAUAAUAUUUAUAUAUUUCUAUGGUAUAUAAUAGUGUUAAGUAUGUACUAAUUGGGAAAAAGGAAUGGUUAUGUAAUGGUCUUUUUAUUAGUGCCCAUUUCAUCAUUAUGGAAAUAUCCACGUUUUUUAUGGCACUGCUGAUAUUUGGUGGUUCUCUCGAAGGAGUCAAAGCGAUCGGCUGUAAAUGAUUUUCCGUCUCCCGCCACACGGAAACAAAUCAGGAAGUAUAAACACAAACCCUGACAUGUCAAAGUGUCUCCAAAGGCUGAGGGUCUCCAGGGACGUUGGAGGAUGCAUGAGGACAUUUAGCAUGUUUUAUUCAGGCUUUGGGGCCUUUUUGACAAAACUGUAGGCUUUCCCUCUCGUCCUCUGAUAUUUGAAUUAUUACUCCGGUCAAAUCAACAAUCCUUCUUGCGUUAUCAGCCAGAUAAAGGGGUUUAGAAAAAGCCUUUGUCGCUGUGUUUUAGCAGUUUGCUCGCCACGCAGCAUAUCUGUUCAUGCUGUGACGCCACUGGAUUAUUUCAUUGUAAUUGAAGACUUGUAGAUGGCUGGAAAUGUUAAAGCAAUAUAAAGCUCCUGUAGGAUGCUGGGAUGAAUGGCAGAGUCGGGUUAUGUGAUACUUCUUUCUCAGUCAAAUGCUACAAAUAUGGAAGGCUCUAUAUUGUAAAAAAAAAAUAGAUUAUAAUUUCUAUAGAAGUUUGGAGAAUUGGCUCUAUUUGUUACUGCUUCCAUAGUUUUAUGAUGCAAUGGUCUGCUUACUUUACCUCAAACAGAAACAGUAUUUAAAGGGGGGAAACAUGCUGUUGAGAUGGGUCAAAGGCAGAGGGAUGUGUCUGCUUCUAUAACUGCGUAUUCUACAGGUAAACAAGGGCAUGCUCAGCAUCGUCUGCACUUCAUAUGCUGCAUAGCGUUAGCUCUGCAAAGGUGUUGGUGAGCAGUGUAAUAUAAACUAACCACGCUAUCAUGUUGUUUCAAUAGCCAACUAACAAUACUUAAAACAUUACAUGCAUAUAUCUUGGUUUAUUUUUACUUAUUUAGAGACAGUGGCUACUAGAAUAUUUGGCUGGUUGUUUUUGUAUUAAUGGAUCAUAUUUGAGUACCUGAUGGGGAUAUGUUGGGACUAAAGUGGAAUUUGCUCUCUAGUUAUUCCUGUGAUCCUCAGCUCUCUUCCAAAACAAGAAGCGAAACCUGUAAUGUGAUUUAAGAGACACAUUGAGUUAUAAAGGCUAAAAUCACUUUGAUCCCUCCAGACGGUGACCUUUUUGAACAUUAAAGUUUGUAAACAUGUCACAGUAGAGGAACAAAAUACAAAUAUGCACCUGAAAAUGUGCAUAAUAGAGCCCUUUAAGAAAUGAUGGACACAGUUACGCAGCGUCCACCCGGCAGCGUGCGUUGAAGCUUGCCGGUGGGCGUGUCUGAAACUCGACCAACAACUAAUCACAUGAAUCUCCCGCCCCGGACACACAAGCACGCGGUUUGAUUGGCUAGAGCUUGUACUGGCAUAUUAUUUGAUUGGCUGACGCUUCCGUCGAAGCUUCAAAAGUUGAACAUUGCUCAACUUUUGAAGCGAGCGAAGCGACGGAACCACAAUGCAGUUCGUCACCCCAUUCAAAGUGAAUGGGCAGAAGCGUUGAAGCUUCAAUGCACGCCGCCGUAUGGACGGGCCGUUAGUAUCCACCUUCUAGGCUGCACUCGGAGGAAAAGCCCUAAACAAAUCAUAUUUUAAAUAUUAUGGUUUCAAGUCUUGGAAGAGAAUUGUUUUAACAAGGAUCACAGGUUUACAUAGCAGGUGAAUUCUCUAUUUGAUGGACUUUCAUUUGGAUUGUGGUAGAAUGUUUUAUUGUACGAAAUUUGUCUUCAGGAAAUAAAAAAACUAGGCACUAUAA